CCUAGUUUUACUGGUCAGCAAUCAUCCUUGCACCGCCAGGAAGGCUCCACCGAAAUUAGAACAGAAGAAGAAGAGAAGAAAAUCAAUGCAACUCUGAUCUCUCCCUCUGUUCUCUCUCUAGCUACGAACCAAACUCCUCUUUCUCUCUCUAAUCAAAACCGAAAACAUCUGAUUAAAAAACAAAAAGGAAAUGACGAGUAGAUACUGGGUAGUUUCUCUUCCGGUUGAAAACUCAGCUUCUUCUGUGUGGAACCGUUUGCAAGAACAAAUCUCAAAGCACUCUUUUGAUACACCUCUCUACAGGUUUAAUAUCCCUAAUCUUCGUGUUGGAACCCUCGAUUUACUCCUUUCCCUUAGUGAUGAUCUCGUCAAGUCGAGUAACUUUAUAGAAGGAGUGUCACACAAGACCAGGAGACAGAUUGAGGAAUUUGAGAGGGUAUCAGGUCUGGAGAGCAAUGCUUUGACAGUUGAUGGUGUGCCAGUUGACUCUUACCUAACCAGGUUUGUUUGGGAUGAAGCAAAAUACCCAACAAUGUCUCCUCUAAAAGAGAUUGUGGAUAGUAUCCAUAGUCAAGUGGCGAAGAUUGAGGAUGACCUCAAGGUUCGUGUUGCUGAGUAUAAUAAUGUACGUAGUCAGCUCAAUGCUAUCAAUCGGAAGCAGAGUGGAAGCUUAGCUGUUCGUGAUCUUUCGGAUUUGGUGAAAACAGAGGACAUUAUUAUCUCUGAACACCUCAUAACCCUCCCCGCAAUUGUUCCCAAGUAUUCACAGAAGGACUGGUUGGCAAGCUAUGAAACAUUGACUAACUAUGUGGUUCCCAGGUCCUCCAAGAAGUUAUAUGAAGAUAAUGAAUAUGCUCUUUACACAGUAACACUAUUUAAGCGUGUGGCAGACAAUUUUAGAACAAAUGCACGUGAAAAAGGGUUCCAAAUUCGCGAUUUUGAAUACAGUCCAGAAGCACAAGAGAGCAGGAAGCAAGAGUUAGAAAGACUGGUGCGGGACCAAGAAAGUUUGAGAAGUUCUCUUUUGCAGUGGUGCUAUACUAGUUAUGGAGAGGUAUUCAGCUCUUGGAUGCAUUUUUGUGCUGUUCGUGUCUUUGCAGAGAGCAUUCUCAGAUAUGGAUUGCCCCCAUCAUUUUUGGCUUGUGUUUUAUCUCCUACUACAAAAAGCGAGAAGAAAGUACGUUCAAUCCUUGAAGGAUUUUGUGACAAUUCAAACAGCAUGCACUGGAAAUCUGAAGAUGAAAUGGGAGGAGGGAUCUUCGGUUUGGGAGGCGAAGCUGAUACUUAUCCUUACCCGUCCUUCACAAUCAAUCUUGUUUGACCUCACAGGUUCCAAUUUCUUGUGUGUGGCAAGCUCCAAGUCCUAGGAUUCCUUUUGAUAUCAAUAAAUGGACGGGAAUGAUGACACUGUAUAUUAGCGUUGAUAUCUCAAUUCUUUGGUUUAUUUAUAAUCUGAGCAUGCGGAUUCCUGUGGAGUUCUCAUGGAUUACGAGGGUACAAUGCUUGAAGGGAAAUGUAAUGACUACAAAUCUGUAUUUUAACACCUAUAUUUUGAGGUUGGUACUAGAGUUCAUUGUGUAUGUGGUAAUUGGAAGAUGCUCCUUGUCUACGUAUUAUGAUGACACGAUGAAGAUCACAUGUGUUUCAUGUAUUGGUUUAUUUAGCCAAGUAUGGUCUGAGCCUGGCUUAGCCUGACAGGCUUGUGCCUUAUUUUGGCCUGCUGAAAAAGCCGGCUAGUCGACCUUAAUUUAAAGAACAGUUAAUUUCUUUUCCUA